GUUAAAUCAACGGUGAUGGGGGUAGCUGUGAUGGAAGAAAAAUCACAGGUGUGAAACUCUACUUAGCCGUCACGUGUUUUUUUCCCUUAGUGAAAGCCUGAAAGCUAGGCUAGCCACUUUCCUAGCAAAGAAGAAAAAAAGGUCGAAAGAGAGAAGAGACACCCCCAAAAUCAAGAGCAGAUCCUCGAAGUGGGUCUCAUGAAUUGUUCACGAGCUUCAAGGCAUGUAAAGGAGUAAGUAACCAGCUGAGGUGGUUCAAUCAAGAUGGAGUCUUGCAACUGCAUUGAGCCACAAUGGCCAGCUGAUGAAUUGUUGAUGAAGUAUCAAUAUAUUUCGGAUUUCUUCAUUGCACUUGCUUAUUUUUCGAUUCCUCUAGAGCUGAUCUACUUUGUGAAGAAAUCUGCUGUGUUUCCAUAUAGAUGGGUCCUUGUGCAGUUUGGUGCUUUCAUAGUUUUGUGUGGGGCAACACAUCUUAUUAACUUGUGGACUUUUGGUAUGCAUUCAAGAACUGUGGCAAUAGUAAUGACCACUGCUAAGGUUUUCACUGCUGCUGUGUCUUGUGCGACGGCCCUUAUGCUCGUGCAUAUAAUUCCUGAUCUGUUAAGUGUUAAAACAAGAGAACUAUUUUUGAAAAACAAGGCUGCAGAACUUGAUAGAGAAAUGGGCCUGAUCCGCACACAAGAAGAAACCGGUCGGCAUGUUAGGAUGUUGACGCAUGAGAUCAGAAGCACUUUGGAUAGACAUACCAUACUAAAGACCACUCUUGUCGAAUUGGGAAGAACUUUGGCACUGGAAGAGUGUGCCUUAUGGAUGCCGACGCAAACUGGUUUAGAGCUUCAACUCUCAUACACACUUCGUCAACAGAAUCCUGUUGGGUAUACUGUGCCCAUCCAACUUCCUGUGAUCAGUCAAGUAUUCACCAGCAAUCAUGCAGUAAAGAUAUCACCAAAUUGUCCAGUGGCUAGGUUAAGGCCUCUUGCAGGAAAAUAUAUGCCUGGCGAGGUGGUUGCUGUUCGUGUUCCACUCCUACAUCUAUUAAAUUUUCAAAUUAAUGAUUGGCCAGAACUUUCUACAAAACGCUAUGCUUUGAUGGUUUUGAUGCUUCCCUCAGAUAGUGCAAGGCAGUGGCAUGUCCAUGAGUUGGAACUUGUUGAAGUGGUUGCUGAUCAGGUGGCUGUUGCUCUUUCACAUGCUGCCAUCUUAGAGGAGUCAAUGAGAGCAAGGGAUCUUCUUGUGGUGCAGAAUAUCGCGCUUGACCGUGCCAGAAGAGAAGCAGAAACAGCCAUUUGUGCUCGUAAUGAUUUCCUGUCUGUUAUGAACCAUGAAAUGAGAACUCCAAUGCAUGCGAUCAUUGCCCUUUCUUCUUUACUGCAAGAAACUGAGUUGACCCCUGAGCAGCGACUGAUGGUUGAAACAAUUCUUAAGAGCGGUAAUCUCUUAGCUACUCUAAUAAAUGAUGUAUUAGAUCUUUCAAGGCUUGAAGAUGGUAGCCUACAACUUCAACUUGGAACUUUUAACCUUCAUGCUGUAUUUAAAGAGGUGCUUAAUCUGAUCAAGCCUAUUGCAUCAGUCAAGAAGUUGCUUGUUGCAUUGAAUUUGGCUCCUGAUCUUCCUGAAUAUGCUGUUGGCGAUGAAAAACGCUUUAUGCAAACUCUCUUAAAUGUUGUUGGUAAUGCUGUGAAAUUCACAAAAGAGGGCAACAUCUUAAUCACUGCUUUUGUUGCAAAAUCAGAAUCUUUUCUAGAUUCUCAAACCCCAGAGUUCUUCCCAGUGCCAAGUGAUAAUCAUUUUUAUCUGCGUGUACAGGUUAAAGAUUCAGGAUCAGGCAUUAGCCCCCAAGAUAUUCCCAAGUUAUUUACAAAGUUUGCUCAAAAUCAAUCAAUAGCAACCAGAAAUUCCCAUGGCAGUGGACUUGGCCUUGCUAUUUGUAAGAGGUUUGUUAAUCUUAUGGAGGGACAUAUUUGGAUUGAAAGUGAAGGCCUCGGCAAGGGAUGCACUGCUGUCUUUGUUGUGAAACUUGGGAUCCCAGAGAGCUCGAAUGAAUCUAAGCUCUCUUUCAUGCCGAAAAUGUCAGGACCACAGACAAAUUUUACAGGUCUCAAAGUUCUUGUCCUGGAUGAUAACGGAGUUAGCAGGUCAGUGACAAAAGGGCUUUUGGUGCACCUGGGAUGUGAUGUGAUGACGGUUGGCUCGAGCGAGGAGUGCCUACAUGUUGUAUCUCAGGAACACAAGGUGGUCUUCAUGGAUGUCGGCAUACCUGGUAUAGAUGGUUAUGAAGUUGCUGUCCACAUACACCAAAAGUUUACAAGGCGUCAUGAAAGGCCAUUAAUAGUAGCGCUGACUGGAAAUACUGACAAAAUAACCAAGGAGAAUUGCAUGAGUGUUGGAAUGGAUGGGGUUAUAUUGAAACCCGUUUCGCUAGAAAAAAUGAGGAGCGUUUUAUUAGGCCUUUUGGAGCACCGGGUUCUAUUUGAGGCCAUAUAAGCGCAGAGGAGCAAGCUGCCGGAUGCCAUUGAGCCUGGAAAAAAAUAGUACAGGUAAUGCAUGUUUUUCUCUAGAGAUAUUUAGUUUUGUGUACAUACCCAGAUGGCGUUUUAGACCAUUGGAGUGAUUUGAGUGAUGACAAAUCACAAGAAAUUCGAAAAGCAACUUUAUGCA